AUGGCUUCGCAUCAUAUCAAAGCGGCUCAGUGGGCCAAGUCGAAAGGUACCCCUCGGGUGGUGGUCGACUUCUGCGCGGCCCAUGGCAUGUGGGCGACGGAUAGACAAGUACGGCAUCGAGAGGAUUUCAAUGCGAAGGUCGUGGAGGACGGCGAUAAGCUCCCGAAGGAUGCCACCUGUGGUGCGUUUCCGUUCGACAACUGUGACAUGAAACCCGUGGUUGGAGUUAGCCAGGGGGAGCCUCAUCUGUCAACGAUCGCGGCUUCGGUCGUCACGGUGGGGGGGUCGGUGGGUAAACUCGAAGACGCCUCGAGGUUGAAGCGGUAUAGCCUCCUGACCUUGGACGACGUGAUGAAGGGGCCAAAUGCACAGGGGGGCGAGCGGCGGUUCGAAGCCUUCCAGUCACAGCUCCGACGUGCCGUUUACGAGAGCGCGUCGUUAGGUUCGACACCGGACGGGCCGCUGUGGUGUGUGGAGGCUCAACUCCGAAAGGAUCUAACGCCGGAGGAGAGAGCUACUCUCGACGGCCGGUACGUGUUCAUCCAACUAGAGAGUACAAAAAAAUUCACCGAUAACAAGGCGGCCAUCGACUGCAUCCUCCGGAUAUGGCGUGGUACGGUCGCCGGCAAGGACGGCGCGCCGUGUAUCAUCGCCGGGGACGAGGAGACGUAUCGCGUCUUGUACCACAUCCAGAAGCAAGAGCGCGUCGCAUAUCGUCAAUUUCGUCGGUACCCGGGUGAUUGGCACCUCCACUUGCACGUGGCGAAGGCUCUUCUCAAGCGGUAUUGGGGGGCUGGCGUAGAGUUCGUGGCGAAGGAUUUGGGCACGGACAACAGCAAGUCAAGCGAGGGGAGCAACUACCGACGGGCACACCACCAUCUCGUCGUGAUGGCUUCCACUAGGGGGGAUAUGACGGCGGAGGAUGCCGACAGCAUGGUGGUUGCGUGGAUCAAGAAGCGAGCGGCAAAGCACAAGACUUUCGCCCUAUGGGAGCAGUUCCUCUUGCACGACUUCCCUGCCUACGUGACCUUCCGGACAGCGCUUCGCACGGGAGAUUUCAUGCUGCGGCUUGACGCACUUCGCCGUAUCGCUCCCAUUUUCUAUAUCACCGGUAAGGACCGAUACCAAUUCCUGGUGGUGGAUCACCUUGCGGAGAUGUCAACGAUGUCGGAGUCGGAUCUGAAGGUGAUUGCCGAGCUAUUUUCCGUCUCCCUCAGCAAGGAUGCGUGUGCCCGGCUUGGUUUGGAUGAGAGGCAGGAGGUUGCUAAUCGUAUGUACAAGACCUUGACGAAGUGGAUACUUCCGAGUUUCAUCCACAAGCUAGCCCCGACUGCGGUGCUUCGAGAGAUAGUUGAAUUUGAGUUUGAGCGGGAAUUCCUCGAAGGACCACGUCGUGGCCUUGGACGGGAGGGUGUUUCCAGAGGCAAAGUGGCAAGAGAUUCUCGGUGCCCCGGCAACGGCGUCAGAGAAGAUUCGGGAGUCUUGUUCUCCGUCAAGAAGGACAAGACGAAGAAGAGAACGACCAAAAAGAAGUUAUUCUCCAUCCCGGCUUUUAACACAGAGAACAAGUCGACGAGGAGCAAGGGGAGGUCGUCAAAGCUGAAGGAUACAGUUGGCAACGCCUGCGCGGGGGGGCAAGAGAUGAAGGCGGUGGUCCUGAACAUCUGGGACAUGGUCGAAGGGGGGGGGUCGUUGUCCGAGGAACAAGUGGUGGGCAUGGUGACGAGGGUUGGAGCAUCGACGCCAUUUAGCAUGGCAAAUGCUACCGGAGGGGCUAAACAUGCCAACAAAUCCGCAGGCCCGACGAAGUGGCUCCAGAUCACAGCUCCGACGCCGUCGCCGACGAGCCGUUUUACACCGUGCAUGCCCACGGAGUGGAUCUGCCUUGGUCAAUACAGCAAGGGGUGAGGCAACGGGACUUGGAGGGUGGGGCAGAGGGGGUUAUCAACUA